GAAGGGGUUCUCGCGCGAUUGGGCGAGGUUUCCGGUGUUGUGACUGAAACCCGUCAAUAUGGCGGCGAUCGGCCGCGGCCGCUCUCUGAAGAACCUCCGAAUACGAGGGCGGAAUGACAGCGGCGAGGAGAACGUCCCGCUGGAUCUGACCCGAGAACCAUCUGAUAACUUAAGGGAGAUCCUCCAGAAUGUGGCCAAAUUGCAAGGAGUAUCAAAUAUGAGAAAGUUGGGCCAUCUGAAUAACUUCACUAAGCUUCUUUGUGAUAUUGGCCAUAGCGAAGAAAAAUUGGGCUUUAAUUAUGAAGACAUCAUAAUUUGUUUGCGUUUGGCUUUAUUAAACGAAGCAAAAGAAGUGAGAGCAGCAGGGUUGCGAGCGCUGCGCUAUCUCAUACAAGAUUCCAGUAUUCUGCAGAAGGUGCUAAAACUGAAAGUGGACUAUUUAAUAGCUAGGUGCAUUGACAUCCAGCAGAGCAACGAGGUGGAGAGGACACAAGCACUUCGCUUGGUCAGAAAGAUGAUUACUGUGAAUGCUUCCUUGUUUCCUAGUUCUGUGGCCAACUCAUUAAUUGCAGUUGGAAAUGAUGGACUUCAGGAAAGAGACAGAAUGGUCCGGGCAUGCAUUGCCAUUAUCUGUGAACUAGCACUUCAGAACCCAGAGGUGGUAGCCCUUCGAGGCGGACUAAACACCAUCCUGAAAAAUGUGAUUGAUUGCCAAUUAAGUCGGAUAAAUGAGGCCCUCAUUACUACAAUCUUGCACCUUCUUAAUCAUCCAAAGACCCGACAGUAUGUGCGAGCUGAUGUAGAAUUAGAGCGAAUUUUAGCCCCCUAUACUGAUUUCCACUACAGACACAGUCCAGAUACAGCUGAAGGACAGCUCAAAGAAGACAGAGAAGCACGAUUUCUAGCCAGUAAAAUGGGAAUCAUUGCGACAUUCCGCUCAUGGGCAGGUAUUAUUAAUUUAUGUAAACCUGGGAACUCUGGGAUCCAGUCUCUAAUUGGAAUACUUUGCAUACCAAAUAUGGAAAUAAGGCGAGGUCUGCUUGAAGUGCUCUAUGAUAUAUUUCGUCUCCCUCUACCUGUUGUGACAGAUGAGUUCAUAGAAGCCCUCCUCAGUGUAGAUCCAGGAAGGUUCCAGGACAGUUGGAGGCUUUCAGAUGGCUUUGUGGCAGCUGAGGCAAAAACUAUUCUUCCCCAUCGUGCUAGAUCCAGGCCAGACCUCAUGGACAAUUACUUGGCACUAAUACUUUCUGCAUUUAUUCGUAAUGGACUUUUAGAGGGCUUGGUUGAAGUGAUAACGAACAGUGACGACCACAUCUCAGUUAGAGCAACCAUUCUUUUAGGAGAGCUCUUACAUAUGGCAAACACAAUUCUUCCUCAUUCUCACAGCCAUCAUUUGCACUGCUUGCCAACCCUUAUGAAUAUGGCUGCAUCCUUCGAUAUUCCCAAGGAAAAGAGACUUCGAGCCAGUGCAGCCCUGAACUGUUUAAAACGCUUCCAUGAAAUGAAGAAGCGAGGACCUAAGCCUUAUAGCCUUCAUUUAGAUCAUAUCAUUCAGAAAGCAAUUGCAACACACCAGAAACGGGAUCAAUAUCUUCGGGUUCAGAAAGAUAUAUUUGUUCUUAAGGAUACAGAGGAAGCUCUUUUAAUAAACCUUAGGGACAGCCAAGUUCUUCAACAUAAAGAAAAUCUUGAAUGGAAUUGGAAUCUCAUUGGGACCAUUCUUAAGUGGCCAAAUAUAAAUCUAAGAAACUAUAAAGAUGAACAGUUGCACAGGUUUGUGCGCAGACUUCUUUAUUUUUACAAGCCAAGCAGUAAGUUGUAUGCCAGUCUAGAUCUGGACUUUGCCAAGUCCAAGCAGCUCACAGUUGUCGGCUGUCAGUUUACAGAGUUUCUUCUUGAGUCUGAAGAGGAUGGGCAGGGAUACUUAGAAGACCUCGUGAAAGAUAUUGUUCAGUGGCUCAGUGCUUCAUCUGGGAUGAAACCGGAAAGAAGCCUUCAGAAUAAUGGUUUACUGACCACUCUUAGUCAACACUACUUCUUAUUUAUUGGAACACUUUCUUGUCAUCCUCAUGGAGUGAAAAUGCUGGAAAAAUGCAGUGUCUUUCAGUGUCUUCUUAAUCUUUGCUCUUUGAAAAACCAAGAUCACCUGUUGAAACUCACUGUUUCUAGCCUUGACUAUAGCAGAGAUGGGUUAGCCAGAGUCAUUCUUUCAAAAAUCCUCACGGCAGCUACUGAUGCUUGCAGACUGUAUGCAACAAAACAUUUAAGGGUCUUAUUGAGAGCUAAUGUUGAAUUUUUCAACAAUUGGGGAAUUGAGUUACUAGUGACUCAGCUACAUGAUAAAAACAAAACAAUUUCUUCUGAAGCUCUGGAUAUCCUUGAUGAAGCUUGUGAAGAUAAGGCCAAUCUUCAUGCUCUUAUUCAGAUGAAACCAGCCUUAUCCCAUCUUGGAGACAAAGGCUUGCUUCUCCUUCUGAGAUUUCUCUCCAUUCCAAAAGGAUUUUCCUACCUGAAUGAAAGGGGUUAUGUAGCAAAACAAUUGGAAAAAUGGCACAAGGAAUACAAUUCAAAAUAUGUUGACUUGAUUGAGGAACAGCUUAAUGAAGCACUCACUACAUAUAGGAAGCCUAUUGAUGGUGAUAACUAUGUUCGUCGGAGUAACCAAAGAUUACAACGACCUCAUGUCUAUCUGCCGGUACACCUUUAUGGACAACUGGUACACCACAAAACAGGCUGCCAUUUACUGGAAGUACAGAAUGUUAUCACAGAACUCUGUCACAAUGUUCGCACUCCGGACUUGGAUAAAUGGGAAGAAAUUAAAAAGCUGAAAGCCUCUCUUUGGGCCUUGGGGAAUAUUGGCUCAUCGAAUUGGGGGCUUAAUUUGCUACAGGAAGAAAACGUGAUUCCAGAUAUACUAAAACUUGCAAAACAGUGUGAGGUUCUUUCCAUCAGAGGGACCUGUGUAUAUGUUCUUGGACUCAUAGCUAAAACCAAGCAAGGCUGUGAUAUUCUAAAAUGUCACAGCUGGGAUUCUGUGAGGCACAGUCGCAAGCAUCUGUGGCCAGUGGUUCCAGAUGAUGUGGAGCAGCUCUGCAAUGAGCUCUCUUCUGUUCCAAGCACCCUCAGUUUGAACUCUGAGUCGACCAGCUCUAGGCAUAACAGUGAAAGUGAGUCUGCACCAUCAAGCAUGUUCAUACUGGAAGAUGACCGGUUCGGCAGCAGCUCCACCAGUACCUUUUUCCUUGACAUCAAUGAAGAUGCUGAGCCAGCAUUUUAUGACCGACCUGGACCCAUAAAGGAUAAAAAUUCAUUUCCUUUUUUUGCCUCUAGUAAACUUGUAAAGAAUCGUAUUUUAAAUUCACUUACUUUGCCUAAUAAAAAACACCGAAGUAGCAGUGAUCCAAAAGGAGGAAAACUGUCAUCUGAAAAUAAGACAAGCAACCGGCGAAUCAGAACACUUACAGAGCCCAGUGUUGACUUUAAUCACAGUGAUGACUUUACACCCAUCUCCACAGCACAGAAAACAUUACAGCUAGAAACUUCCUUUGUUGGGAAUAAGCACCUUGAAGACACUGGCAGCACUCCAAGUAUUGGAGAAAAUGACUUGAAAUUCCCCAAGAGUUUUGGUACAGAGAAUCACAGAGAAAACACAAGCCGGGAGAGGUUGGUUGUAGAAAACUCAACAAGCUCACAUAUGAAGAUCCGCAGCCAAAGCUUUAACACAGACACUACAACAAGUGGCAUAAGUUCAAUGAGCUCAAGUCCCUCUCGAGAGACAGUUGGUGUGGACCCUACAACUAUGGACACAGACUGUGGAAGUAUGAGUACUGUGGUAAGUACUAAAACUGUUAAGACAAGCCACUAUUUGACACCACAGUCUAACCAUCUGUCUCUCUCCAAAUCGAACUCAGUGUCCCUGGUACCACCAGGUUCUUCUCAUACACUUCCUAGAAGAGCACAGUCCCUUAAAGCACCUUCCAUUGCAACAAUAAAAAGUCUAGCAGAUUGCAACUUUAGCUACACAAGUUCCAGAGAUGCCUUUGGCUAUGCUACAUUGAAAAGAUUACAGCAGCAAAGAAUGCAUCCCUCGUUAUCACACUCCGAAGCUUUGGCAUCCCCAGCAAAAGACGUACUGUUUACUGAUACCAUCACCAUGAAGGCCAACAGUUUUGAGUCCAGACUGACGCCAAGCAGGAUCGAUUUUAAAAAGAAGCAUGUCGGGGGAAUCAGGAGCUUAAGACCUACAAUAACAAACAACCUUUUCAGGUUUAUGAAAGCUUUAAGUUACGCAUCAUUAGAUAAAGAAGAUUUAUUAAGUCCUAUUAAUCAAAAUACCCUGCAGCGAUCCUCCUCAGUUAGGUCCAUGGUGUCUAGUGCUACAUAUGGAGGUUCUGAUGACUACAUUGGACUUGCUCUUCCAGUGGACAUCAAUGACAUAUUCCAGGUAAAGGAUAUUCCUUAUUUUCAGUCAAAGCAUGUGCCUCCACCAGACGACCGAGGUGCAAGAAUGUUUUCCCAUGAUUCAGGAGGUCUUCCAUCUGGAACUGGUGGUCUUGUAAAAAACUCGUUUCACUUGCUACGGCAGCAGAUGAGUCUCACAGAAAUAAUGAACUCUGUCCAUUCAGACGCCUCUCUGUUCUUAGAGAGCACAGAAGAUACUGGACUGCAGGAGCAUACAGAUGACAAUUGCCUUUACUGUGUCUGCAUCGAAAUUCUGGGCUUCCAGCCCAGUAACCAGCUAAGCUCCAUAUGUAGUCACUCAGAUCUUCAAGAUAUUCCGUAUUCUGAUUGGUGUGAGCAGACGAUCCACAAUCCCUUAGAAGUGGUUCCCUCUAAGUUCUCGGGGAUCUCUGGGUGCAGCGAUGGUGCAUCCCAAGAAGGCUCAGCCAGCAGCACCAAAAGCACAGAGCUGCUCCUGGGUGUAAAAAACAUUCCAGAUGAUACUCCAAUGUGCCGCAUCCUGCUUCGUAAAGAAGUGCUACGAUUAGUUGUCAAUUUGAGUAGUUCAGUUUCUACCAAGUGUCAUGAGACAGGACUUUUGACAAUUAAAGAGAAGUAUCCUCAAACAUUUGAUGACAUAUGCCUUUAUUCUGAAGUUUCUCAUUUGUUGUCACACUGCACAUUUAGACUUCCAUGCCGGAGGUUCAUACAAGAGUUAUUUCAGGAUGUACAAUUUUUACAAAUGCAUGAAGAAGCAGAGGCUGUGUUGGCAAUUCCAUCAAAACAACCCUCAGUUGAUGAAUCUGCCGAAUCCUGACCUCAUAUUUAUGAUGCUUAUAGCUAGAUACUAUAUAUUUAUCCAUACUGGUGGAUUUCCUAAAGGCCUCACGAAAUGCUGACUAUCAGCGAGACAGGAGUAUCUUCUGACGCUGUCCCAGCAGUCAUUGGUACAGAACAGCUGUGACUGCUGUCAUCCCUAACCAAGCCAACUUCCUCUUCUCUGUUGGGCCCUUCGUGGGGUUUGUGAUUCAUUACCACAGUUGUAAAUCAGUUACCAUUAGAUGUAAGAGCCAAGCACUGAACCUACAUAGGUUUUCUAUUUUUUUAUUUUAAAAGCAUAAUGGCAGUGGAAGAAAAGCAGGACCUGAAGAAGCACCCUUCGCAUAGUUAUUUCUAAAUGCUUUUUAAUUAAGGGUAAAUUAAAAGGAUGCCUUGUUUGUUCGCUAAUUCGUGGGAAGCAGGAGUGACUGUCGCUGAGGCUGUGCCCUGUUAUCCUACAGGCUGUGCUGUAUCUGCUGGUGUCGGGGCUUCGUUGGCCCUUCCACAUUUCCUUAACGUUUGUAACACUACUUCAAAGGUCUCUGACCUCGGAGCAAAAGAAGAGCCUCAACAAUUGGAACUUGAGAGUUAUUUUAUGUUGUUAGAGUGCAUAAAGAUGCUUAUUUGUUUUCCAUCUCUUCAGGUUUUUUGCAAUAUGUUGUUAAAGGUUAUUUGUACCGAUUAAGGUUUUUCACUACAGUUGUUGAGUAAAAUAAAUAGUUAAAUUGAAAUACUUCCCAUGUCCAGCACGCACACACACACACACACACACACACCCAGUGAAUUUCCAUCCUCAUGAGCUCCUCUCAUCACUACUUUAAACAGAAUGAGCAAGUAUUAGUAGUCUGCACCCAAAGCAAAGGAAAGCAUUAAGUGAUACUUCCGAUCUCUUAAAGAAAAGACAAGUUUGCCUGAAAUUUACACAUUCCAUGUAAAAAGGAAGAGCCAUAUUUGCAUUUAAAAAGUUAUUGAGACUCAUUAAGAUUAAAAAUUGUGGUGAAAAUCCUUAAUUACUAAAUUAUAAAGCUGCGACAAUGUCAUUUUUGUUAGUAUUCUUGUUUUGCACAAAAUAAUUGCAGUUGUAGGUGAGUUGAAGAGUACAGUCAUUGCCUUUAUCACAUGUGUGAAGUUGAUAAAGGCAGGGUUUUGUCUGUCUGUCUAGUUUGUGUAUGUAUAAAGAUAUUUGGAAAUCUACAGAAAUUAAAUAUGCAAAUUUGUACAUAAGGUAGCAUGAACAUCAUUACUAGAAUGCUUGUGAGUGAAAGGGUUAUCUUUCUUGGAAUCAUAUGUAUAGAACAAAAACAUCCAGCUGGACUGACUAGGACCCUUUUGUAACUGCUCUGUGUAGCCCAUUUUUACAGUUACAUAUCAGCUUGAACACCAUCAUAGACAUCAGUCCAUAUUUUCCCAUGUUGUACACCCUUUUCAUAAUGGGCUUGUUUGCAAGACCUGGGAAACAGAACAGAGAUUUUUUAACUGGCACUGAAAGUUCCCACUAGGAUGAAGCAGUUCAUCUCCCUCCUAACUCCUCUGACUGCACUUCAGCAAGUUGUUCUUACAUGCACUGUGUGGCAACUUCCAUGACGAUAAAGCAGACAAGGGCUCUAAGCUGCUGCUCAUGUUACAACACGGUUCUUUUCAUUCCCUCAGAAAAUCCAGUGAGGGUAAAACUUUGAACUUCAUCACCGAACCCAAGUGUUUGUUUAAAUGUCAACAGUACUUCUAAGAGCAUUGCCUAUCACCUUGGUCUUUGGUCUUGGAUAAUAAAACUGCCUUUCCAGAGAACCAAAUGUCAGAGAUACUAGGCCAAAUAAUGGUUACAAUUCCAAAGGAAGGAAUAUAGUCUUACUCAUAAUGGGAUUAACAUUUUAGACAUUCAUUUUAAACACUACCUCAGUUAACAUAGAGUAUAAAAUCUGUGGUUUCAUCCCUCAAAAAUUAAGUAACUAUUUUUGUUUGUUUUUCAUCACACAAAACUAUCCCCAUCCUUGCACACCUAAGUCAGCCAUCCUUAAAUUAAGACAGUGCCUAGUGUUCUAAGCAGGUGUUUGUUUUGACUUUUGACUGUUACUUUGAAAGGUGUGUGUGUGUGUGUGUGAGAGAGAGAGAGAGAGAGAGAGAGAGAGAGAGAGAGAGAGAGAGAGAGAGAGAGAGAGAUCGAUCAUACAGCACUUACUUUGGGAUGGAGCUUUGUGGUUAUCAGUCUAUUGGAGGAAAUUAUCUGUGCUUAAAUUUAUAGUGCUAUGUGGUUUAACCAUGGUUUCACCAGGAGGUGGAAUACAUUUCCUUUAAGUACUUACUUGUAUAAAAGUAGACUUUCAUGAUGAAAACUACAUGCAGUGCCAAGUGAUUAGUGUAGGUGUUUUAUGAUUAUUAAAUUAUAGCAAAAAAGAUUAGGAAUGAUGUCAAUGGUAAUAGAGAUCAUCGAAAAAUCAUCUAUAAAUAAUAGAUAUUACCAAAAUAAUGUCAAUACUGUAGUUUUUCAAGAGGUUAGAAUUAAUAUUAGUCACAUAAAUUUGUACUAUUGGUAAUUAUUUAAUAAUUUGGAGGAGUUUGAACAGUUAAGCUGGUUGUAAGCUGUGAAUUUCUAAUUGUAAAUUGUCAUUUCUAAUUGAAUUUUUUUCAAGAACAGAUUUCAGCUUCACAUACUAAGUAAA